GGAUCCUGGACGGGAUAUAGGGGUCUGGGGUGGCCUUGAAAAGAGAAGGGGGCCUGCCCCCACGACCCACGGAAUAACUCGGGGCCAAGGUUAGGCUGCGGCCCGGGUCGCUCCGCCGCCCCAGGUCCACGUGGGGAGCAGGCCCGCGGCGCUGGCGCGGCGCCGGAGCCCAAGGCUGGGAGCAGGAAGUUGUCUCCCGAGGGCGCGGCGCUGGGCGCGGCUCUGCAGGUGCAGCGCAAAGGUGGUAGGGGCCGGCAGCCGGUGCAGAGGACGAGGGCCUCUCUGAAGCGGUCCAAGAUCCUGCAUAUGGCACUGAUGGGGACUUCCAACCCCUCCGGAGAGGAUGAGGCCAGCCAGGAGAAGCCCUUUGUGCUGCGGGCACUGCAGAUCGCAUUGGUAGUCUCUCUCUACUGGGUCACGUCCAUCUCCAUGGUGUUCCUUAACAAGUACCUGCUGGACAGCCCCUCCUUGCAGCUGGACACCCCCAUCUUCGUCACCUUCUACCAGUGCCUGGUGACGGCGCUGCUGUGCAAGGGCCUCAGCACACUGGCCACCUGCUGGCCUGGUGCCGUGGACUUCCCCACCCUGCACCUGGACCUCAGGGUGGCCCGCAGCAUCCUGCCCCUGUCGGUGGUCUUCAUUGGCAUGAUCACCUUCAACAACCUCUGCCUCAAGUAUGUGGGCGUGGCCUUCUACAACGUGGGCCGCUCGCUCACCACCGUCUUCAAUGUGCUGCUCUCCUACCUGCUGCUCAAGCAAACCACGUCCUUCUAUGCCUUGCUCACCUGCGGCACCAUCAUCGGUGGCUUCUGGCUUGGUGUGGACCAGGAGGGCGCAGAGGGUACCCUGUCUUGGACGGGCACCGUCUUCGGCGUGCUCGCCAGCCUGUGCGUGUCGCUCAACGCCAUCUACACCAAGAAGGUGCUGCCGGCGGUGGACGGCAGCAUCUGGCGCCUGACCUUCUACAACAACAUCAACGCCUGCGUCCUCUUCUUGCCCCUGCUCCUGCUGCUGGGGGAGCUCCGGGCGCUCCACCACUUCCCCCUGCUGACCAGCGCCCACUUCUGGGGCAUGAUGACGCUGGGCGGCCUGUUUGGCUUUGCCAUCGGCUACGUGACAGGACUGCAGAUCAAGUUCACCAGUCCCCUGACCCACAAUGUAUCCGGCACAGCCAAAGCCUGUGCCCAGACGGUGCUGGCCGUCCUCUACUAUGAGGACACCAAGAGCUUCCUCUGGUGGGCGAGCAACAUGAUGGUGCUGGGGGGCUCUUUCGCCUACACCUGGGUCCGGGGCUGGGAGAUGAAGACUCAGGAGGACCCCAACCCCAAGGAGAGCGAGAAGAGUACCAUGGAGGUGUGAGCUUCCCCGGGGAGCCUGGGAUGGCCCGGCCCGGGGACAGUGCCCACGAAGGCAGUGAAGGUGUCUCACUGGACCCAGAGACGGUGGCCUGACAUUCCCUGCUGGGAAUCUGGUAGUUGAAAGGGAACCAGUGUUUCUGAGGGAUGUCAGAAAGUUGCCAAAACUGUCUCAACCCCCUUUUCUAUUUCUGGGUUUUUGUCCUCCCCUGGGGAGGAGGGACACCCCCCCCCAUGGGAAGAGCCCCUUAGGUUCUCCGGGAGAGGGGCAGCACCCCCUUCCUGUCCCCCUUCCGGGACCUUCUACCUCCACAUGACCUUUAGGGUCAGGGACAGACCACAACCCUUAAGGGACAGCAUUGGCGAAGCCAUUCAGCCUUCACUUAGACUCAGGGGAGGUGGGGCGUGACCCCACCACUGGCCACCUCUUAGGAUUGGGGAACCCUCCCAUCUCUGUGCCCCCAGGGAAGGCAGCCUAGCUUUGCCCCCACCCCCCAACACUACCACCUUCUGGAGGAAACCGUGGGACAUUCCCUCUUCUCUGCCCUGAGACCAGCAAGCCAAUGGAAGGGGGGGGAAGGGUAGAGCUUGGCCCUGGCACCCGCAGGGGCUGCGGGGAAGUAGCCUGGGAAUGAACUGCAUCUUGGGAGAGGCGUCUGCACCCCAGGUUUCCACCGUUUGAACCACACGCCUUUUCCAGGUUAAGCAGGCUCAUUAACACCCUGCCCCAGUCCCUGACACCAGUUUUACCUGCCUCACUUCUCUGGCCCUGAGGGACAACUGCCUCCUGGCACAACUGCCAGGAAGUGGAGCCAAGGUGUCGCUUUUUCUUCUCCCAACUCUGCCUCCCUGAGUGGGUGGGGUGAGGGGGGGUGCCAGAGCAAGGGUCAGCUCAGAGCCUUCCAUCGCAGCUGUGCUGGACCCCCCAGGAUCCAGGUCCCCGCAGGGCAGGUGCUGCCACCUGGUCCUGACAAAGGGGUCAAGCUAACAAUUACCGCCUUCUCUGAGUUGAGGGCAAAAGAACCUUCCCUUCCGGUCACCACACCCUCCCGGCCCCAGGGUGGCUUUUAGGACCCCUGUCCCUUUCCAUUUGGGUGUUGUGUUCCACCCAGCUCCUUGUGUUCAGUCCCUGUAGCAAAAGGCUGGGGAGAGGGGGUCUUCUCACCACCCCUCCCCACCAGUCCCCCCACCAGCCCAGCCAGUUUCUAAAGAAGUUGGUGGGGUCUGA